CAUAAAGAUGAGUUGCAGUGGAAUUGUUUUGUUAUAGGAAAUGGAGCCUAGAAGAAUCCUCACGCAGAUCCUAUGUGUGUUCUUUCUUACAACUGGACGAAAUGAAGGAAAGCUUGAUGCAAAGUCGUGUUCAGGACGGCCUGCAUUGAAAUUAGACCAGGCAUGUCUUACGUUCCAUAACCAGCUACCAACCGGAGUUGAUGUCCUCUACACAUCUGAUUACUGCUACAAGUGUCUGUACCAGCCCCUGGUCAGUGUUCCAAAUGGUCCCCAGAAUGCAUCUGUCGUGGUCAGCACCGUCCUCACUCUGACACUGCAGUUACAACCAAUGGGCAGAAACACAACUCUCUGCAGAUGGAGUCAGUUGUAUGAAGAAGCUGCCCAUUACUCUGUCUGGAUCCAAGAGUCAGAAUCUCCCAUCAAUGUCAUUUGCUAUCAGACUGUGGAUGUCAGUCCAAGUAACAUCUAUUUCCCUCUGUUGGUGGCAGCUCUUCUACUGGCACUUAUUAGUCUCCUAUGUGUCCUUGUUCCCUACCUGUACAGGAGGCGUUGUACGACGAAGCUCAUCAAGACCAUUUGUCACGAAGGACCACGACAUGCAAUGGAUGAUGAAACCCAAGGUUGUGGGGACGAGGUUAACACUGCCCAGCCAAAACCAACAAGACUGCGCUCACUGGACACUUUCCGAGGACUUUCCCUGACAAUCAUGGUUUUUGUGAACUAUGGAGGUGGAGGGUACUGGAUAUUUGAACACGCGCCUUGGAAUGGUCUUACUGUGGCUGAUCUUGUGAUGCCUUGGUUUGUGUUCAUCCUUGGGACGUCUGUAGUAUUGGCCUUCACCUCCAUGCAGAAAAAGGGAGUUAGCCGUCGGCAGCUAAUACGCAAGCUAACAUGGAGAACUGUGGUCCUCAUCCUUAUCGGCUUUUGUUUCAUAAACUACUCUCCAAAGGAUGGAUUAUUAUCUUGGUCUUGGCUGAGAAUCCCUGGAGUCCUCCAGCGUCUGGGAUUCACCUACUUCAUACUGUCUCUGAUGCAGACUUUCUGUGGCAUGAGAGAGAUCCCACUGAGCAGGGAUCGCUGGUGGGACCCUGUCCAGGAUGUGGUCUUGUAUUGGCCAGAGUGGAUCUUCAUUAUUCUCCUGGAGACAUUAUGGCUGUGUCUCACCUUUCUAUUGCCUGUGCCUAACUGUCCCACAGGUUAUUUAGGGGCAGGUGGGAUUGGGGAUAAUGGCCUUUAUCCCAACUGUACUGGGGGAGCAGCUGGGUACAUUGACAAGUGGUUAUUGGGAGAUAACAUCUACCAUUGGCCAACAUGCAAGGCAAUGUAUCGUACUACCCAGCCCUUUGACCCAGAGGGGGUUCUGGGUACUAUCAACUCCAUUGUAAUGGGAUUCAUGGGGAUGCAAGCGGGGAAAAUUCUCAUUUUUUACAGGAAAAAGGACAUCAGCGUCCUCUCCCGAUUCCUAGUAUGGGCCAUCCUCCUGGGAAACUCAGCAGCCGUCCUUUCUAAGUGCACGCGAGACGAAGGAUUUAUACCUGUCAAUAAAAACCUUUGGUCUCUGUCGUAUAUCACCUGUAUGGGCUGCUUCUCUUUCCUCCUGCUGGGAGUCAUGUAUUUCGUCAUGGACAUUAAGGGCUGGUGGGGCGGCCAACCCUUCAUUUACCCAGGGAUGAAUUCCAUCUUUGUGUACGUGGGCCACUCUCUCCUGGGGUCCUACUUCCCCUUCAGCUGGGAGAUGCGCUUUGUGGACAGCCACUGGGAGAAGCUGUUCCAGAGCCUGUGGGCCACCUCUCUCUGGGUCCUCAUCGCUUUCCUGCUAUACAGGAAGAAGUUCUUUCUCAAAGUCUAAUAACUCCUUUCAUUCAGUGUUUGCUUUCAUUCUGAGCCAUUGUUGUGGGAAUUAUUGCAAAUGCUUGUCUUCAUUGUUUUACUGUAAAGUGUGUUGUGAUUUUAAAUGCACUUUAAAUACAGUUUGUUUUGAUCUGAUGUGAAAGUGUAUGUGGAUAAUUCUGUUAUCUAUGUAAUUAAUUCAAAUCUGUACAGUGGUAUGUGGUAGACCUAACCACACUACACUCUUAGAAUUAGUAGUAUUAGUAGUAAAUUUAGGAACCAUGGAGAUCCUCAAAGACACUGACAGUUGUGUAGCUUCAAUGAAGCUAACAGAGGUGUAUGAGUUCCUCAAGAGCCUAUGCAAAUCCCAAAAUUGGAAUAGUUAACACUUUGUUACUAUAUGUAAUCAGCAGUGUUAAUAUUAUAUGAAUAAAUAGUCAAGGAAAUGUUAAAUUUGCAGUUUACAAACUUAACAUGAUGAACAGGAAUUACAUUUACACUAACGGGUGGCCAAAAAUAACUAUCUGAAAGCCACACCUCCAAUCUGAUAGACUGGCACCUCUACAAUAUAUUUUUUUAAAGGUUCAAAAUCUAACUCCUCCCAUCACAAAAUGCUUCCAUGUUGAACCUUUACACAGGGGUUCAUUGAAGACCAUUUUCAGAGGGGUUCCUCAAGGACCCUUUUUGAACUGGAAUGGUUCUGCCGGUGUUGGAACCCAAAAGUUUCUUCCAGGCACCUUUACUUCUAAGAGUGUAAAGUAUCUUCCUGAUAAUGGUAUGGAAUCUGGUCUAUUUUACAGCUCAAUUACUAGAAAGGGGAACUGUAACAUCUCAGGAUUUUUAACUUGAUAUCAGUUCUGUUGUGCACUGAAUAGAGUGAUUCAAUCAAAUAUACUGAGGUGGUACUCAACAACUUAGAGCCAGCGAUUCCCCUACACCAGGGUAGCCAUUAUGAGUCUGUUGCCAUGGCCACUCCACCUCUCUUAGGCAGAGAGUGUGUGUGUGCCAUCUGCUCUCCGAGUGACAGUUUAAUGUGGGUCAAGAUGGACAGCUUACUAAGGAGUGUCAUUAAUAACAUCACCUCUUGCACUCAUACAAAUACAAAAUCAGGGAAAUAACACCACUCAAUUCGCCCACUCAAUUCGCCCACAGUAUAUAUAUAUAUUUUUAAAUCUAUUCGUAUUUCAAAAAACUUCUGGAAAGUUCUUGGUUGUGGAGUUAUAUCAGUUGGCCUUGCACGAGCAAAAAAAAGCUUAGUUAAGAACUAGGCCUAGAUUGUUCCAAGCACUCAGCUAUACUUGUAUUGUAAGGGUCGGUUAGCUAAAUAGAAUUUGAUUGAUUGAUUGACGUUGUCUUGUGAGAUUGCCAUGUUCCAUAUCUGCAUUGCUGAGAUACAAAAGGGAUGUUAAGAUUUAACUUAAUUCCUGAGAGGACUGCUCUGAGUCAGCUCUGGGUAAUUGCACUCUAAAAAAAAACAUUAUUUCACUAUGUACGGUUUUAUAAAUGAACAUGAAAAAGUGCUAAAAUGGUUUAAUAAACAUCAUUUCAUCAUUUGCAUGUUGAAUAGCUGUUCAUUUUCAUUCUGUCUGGUAGCCCUUUCCUGCAGUCAAAUGACCAAAUCUCACUCUAGUGGCCUCAUAGGUGGAAUGUUAUAAUUUGUUACAUAAUUAUAUAAUCAUAAAUUAUAUUUCAGUCUUCUGUGAUGUAUAUAAAGUGUUGCAAACUCAAAAUGUAAUACAUUUCAACUCUAUAUCUGAUAUGGUACAUAUUUUUUUGAAGCCCAUAACCAUAUGUGUGAGGUGUAUACUUUUGUUUCAAAGUAGAUUUGUUUAAGACUACCAAGAAACACUCUGUGACCCUGAUUUAGCCCACUGCAGUAAAUAAAAUUGGUUGUAGUACUGAG